AGGACAGGUGACGUGGGCUACAGAAAACUCCUUCCUGGAAAGAAACAAAGCAACUGCAAAAAUGGCAAAAUUCUUCACACCAAUUCAAAUCAAUGAAUUCAAGGAGUGCUUCUCCUUGUAUGACAAGAAGCAAAAGGGCAAGAUUGAUGCCAAAGACCUGAUCACAGUCAUGCGCUGCCUGGGGACAAGCCCCACGUUCGGUGAAAUCGAAAGACAUCUACAAGUUCACAAAAUCGAAAAGACAGGUGAGCUGGAGUUCUCUACGUUUCUGACAAUGAUGCACAGACAGAUGCAACAGGAAGACCCCAAGACAGAAAUCCUGGAGGCCUUGAGGAUGACAGACAAACAGAAGAAAGGAUACAUCCAGGCAUCUGAGCUCCGCGCCAAGCUCACCAUGUUAGGAGAGAAACUCACAGACAAAGAAGUGGAUGAGCUCUUCAGAGAGGCAAAUGUCAAAUCAAACGGGACUAUCAACUACGAAGCGUUCACCCAGAUGGUGACGCUGCCACCUGUCGAUUACUGAUUUUUCAACGGAAAAACUUUACUGAAUUGACUUUACAUACACUGAAAAUAUGAAUAUGACUGAACACAUUGUGAAGCACUGCUGUUAUACUGUAUUGUAACUAACACUAUAUCAUAUGGUUUGGCAUGUUUUUCUUUGAUGGGAUCAAAUUUUAAAAUCAUUAAAUUCUCAGUACACCUUUUUGUCAAGCCUGACCCUCCACCCAAACAAAUCACUUUGAAUUUAAUGUCCAGUUUGAUAUUUUCUGUAUGUACUUCUGCAUGCUUGUGAGCGAUAUAAAUUAAACCUUUGGUUUCAUGAAAUAGUUUCUCUUCAUGUGGCACUGUCAGCUUUCCACACAUCAGUAUUAAAUUGCAUUCUCUUCCUAAA